CAAUAAUGAACCAUCUAAAAAAAAAUUUUGAAAAAGUCAAUAAAAUUUAACUUGUGAAUAAGGUUAAAAAAAUCACAAUUUUUUAUUAUCAAUAAGUUAACCUAUGUCAUUAUCUACCACUUAUAUAUUUGGUUUCCUUCCAUGUAAAACCCUCUCCAAUACCUUUGAGCAAUUGGGGAAUUAAUAAAUGAAAUAGUAAAAAUAAAUCAAAUUAAAAUAAAAUAAAGAAAACUUUAAAAUAAAGGAUGGAGUGAGAGAGUGGGUGAAGAAGAGGAUCAAUAGCGACUUCCCUCCUCUCUCUCUCUCCUCCUACUUCCUCUCUCUCAUCCUUUGAAGAACCAAAACCAACAAAAAAAAAAAAAAAAAAAAAAAAAGGAAGUCUCCCUCUUUAUAAUUUUUGCCAAAAUUUCCUCCAUUUUUUUGCUUUCCCUCUCAAGUAGUCCACAUAAUUUAAUGUUAGUUGAUGAUAUCUCUUUCCAGAAGGCGAUCGCAGAGGGAGCACACUUAACUACAAAGAGAACCACAUAAGGAAAAAAGCCUUAACCCGAACCCAAACUCAACCCGAAUAUUCAUAAAUAACUAAAGAUAAUACAGCCUAGCCUCAUUUUGAUAAAGAUUGAUAUAGACCUUAUUACCAGACGACAACAGACAACCUACAGAACACAAUCACAAUUCAUCUCAGAGAAUUUUCAUUUUUGCAGCACUAAGCAUUUCUCUUUCAUUCUAAGAUGAUGAUGAAGAAAAAGAUAGAAAAAAGAUGGGCGUAGCGCAACCAUUACCAUCAGUUUGUUCGUCAUCAAAGAAGACGACGACCACUAGCACUACCACCACCAUCAUCAGUACACCUUAUCAUCAAUUGCAACAACUUAUUGUCGCGAUUGAUAAACAACAGCCCAACAAUAAUAAUACUGAUAAUUCUAUGUCCCACGAUUAUCAUCAUCCUCAUCAACAUCAUCAUCACCACCAGCAAGCUGCAAAUAAUAUCUUCAGCUUUCCGAAUGGGUUCGACAGAUCUGCUGGAAUAAACCAGCAGACCGAGCAGGCGACUGUGGCUGCUGAAGACCCUGCAGGAGGAGGAUUACAUCCUGUGUAUGAAACUGCUGGGAUGUUGUCUGAGAUGUUCAAUUUUGGGCACGGCUCGGGGCCUAGUCCAGGCCCCGAGCUGUUGGACUAUCGCCGGGCUGUUGGCGGGAUGGGCCCCGCCGAUUGGUAUGGGAAUACAAGGCAAGUAACUAGAGACGAUCAACAACAUAUUGUAGAGCACCAGCACCAGCAGCAGCAACAGCAGCAUCAUCAGAUGGGUGGUAUAAGUGCACAUGACUCGGCCGCAGCCAUGCAACUUUUUAUGACUAAUCCACCACCGAGAUCACCAUCGCCGCCACCAGCACCACCACAAGCACAACCACAAGCGCAAUCCAACAUUCAGCCGGGUAUUGGGGGAGGAGGGUUUCACUCCCUAGCCGCGGCCGGAGUAGUCCACCCAUCAGCUAAUAAUAAUAGUACAAGUACAACCAAUCAUCCUAAUUUUUGGAGCACUCAACAUAUCAAUAAUCCAGCUGAAUUAACAGGAAUAGUGGAAGGGCAAGGGCUAUCAUUAUCGUUAUCGUCAUCGUUACAGCAUCUAGAAGCAGCUAAACAAGCUGAGGAAGAAUUCAGAAACAUUGGAGGUCCAAGUAAUGAAAGUCAUAUUAUGUUUUUUAACCAACACCUAGCUAAUGCUACUGGAGUUGGUCCAUCAUCGUCAACAACCACCUCGUCGCCCGGCGGUCAUUUCUUUAAGAACCUAGCCCCUAGUCCACACCACUUACAAUCCGUGGGCGCUUUCGGAGGUCCAAGUAAUGCUCAUCACAACCAAAUCCACCUUGGGUACGGGUCGGCUGCCACGUCAUCAUUGGGAGUAGUCAAUGUGUUGAGGAAUUCAAAAUAUGCUAAGCCUGCUCAAGAUUUACUAGAAGAAUUUUGUAGCGUUGGAAGGGGUCAAAUAAAAAAGCCUAAACUAGGGAGACAGAAUUCGUCAAAUCAAAACCCGACCUCAAGUGGCGGUGGCGGCGGCGGCGGUGGUGCUGGUGACGGAGGUGGGUCUUCGUCAUCGACGAAAGAUCCGCCUCAAUUGUCACCAUCUGAUAGGAUAGAACAUCAAAGAAGGAAGGUCAAACUACUAGCAAUGCUUGAUGAGGUGGAUAGAAGGUACAACCAUUACUGUGAGCAAAUGCAGAUGGUAGUAAACUCGUUCGACCUAAUAAUGGGGUACGGCGCAGCCAUUCCAUACACGGCGUUAGCCCAAAAGGCGAUGUCUAGGCAUUUUAGAUGUCUAAAGGACGCAAUACAAGUACAACUUAAGCAUAGUUGUGAAAUGCUAGGAGAAAAAGAUCCAACCACAAGUUCGGGAAUAACAAAGGGUGAAACACCAAGGUUGAAGGUACUAGAACAAAGUCUAAGACAACAAAGGGCGUUCCAUCAAAUGGGGAUGAUGGAUCAAGAAGCUUGGCGCCCGCAACGUGGCUUACCGGAGAGAUCAGUGAAUGUACUAAGGGCAUGGCUAUUUGAACACUUCCUUCAUCCGUAUCCAAGCGAUGCUGAUAAGCAUUUGUUAGCACGGCAGACUGGUUUAUCAAGAAAUCAGGUAUCAAAUUGGUUCAUAAAUGCAAGAGUACGGUUAUGGAAACCCAUGAUUGAAGAGAUGUACCAACAAGAAUCCAAAGAAAUGGAAGAAGAGCGAGAACGAGAACGCGAUGGAGAAGGAAACCAAACGAGCAGCAGCACUAGCAACAGCUUCGCAACACAGCAACAGCAACAACAACAACAAGCAUCAACUUCACAUAACCCAAUGCCGUCUUCUUCUCCUGCUGCCACUGCCACUGUCUCAGCAGAAGGCAAAAGAUCCGCUGAAACAAUGACACCUACAGCCCCGCCAUCUGACCGCGACCCUUCAGUUCUUGCAAUCAAUAGACACCACCAACACCAUCACCAACUACCGUCCCACUCGGCUGCCGCCCUUGUAGGUCUUCAGCCGAGUGGGUCCCAGGAUUUUAUCCAUGGACCAGCAGAUGAUACGUGUCAUUUUGGUGGUGGGGACAAUGUGGGCCCCACCACUAUGAUUAGAUUUGUGACUUCGACUGGUGACGUGUCCCUUACUUUAGGGCUUCGUCAUGCCGGGAAUGCUCCGGAGAAAGGUGCUGCCUUUUCUGUUAGGGACUUUGGGAGCUGCUAAAAUUGGUUUUUAUAUUUUUAUUAUAUUCUUUUUUUUUUUUUGUUAUUAUAAAGAAAAUAAGCUGGAAAGGCGUACAAAUUCAAAAAAUAAUAUGUCUUCCUAGCUUAUAAAAAUUGAACAAAGUGAAAAAAAGGGGUGAAAAAAUAUAGAUUGGUGCAAUUUCAGGACUUAUGUAUGUAUGUAGCUAAGUAAACUAGCUAGCUAGGUUGGUCCAUGCAUCAUAUUAUGAUUAUCUUUUUAUUAUUUGUUGGAAAAUUGUAUAGUAGAAGAAUUAAGCUUCUUUUUUGAAUUUUAUUUUUGGGUGAGUGGAGUUCAAUUAGUCAAUUGUUAUUUAUACUA